CCCAAGAGCAGUCAGAUUUGCCGUCUUCAAAAUGAAUCGACUCCAGCCGCCGGAGGGCGAACGUUUGGCCUCCGCCUUCGUCGCCACGUUGGUCCUGCUGAGCUCCGUCCGGGCCAUGCCGAGCACGGACCCCCCGCUCCGCCCCGGCCAACAUUUCCUGUUCAUGUGGAACGCCCCGACGGAGCUCUGCGACCUCCGCUUCGACAUGCCGCUCGACCUCUCCCACUUCCACUUGAUCAGCAGCACGCUGAAGACGGCGGUCAACCAGAGCAUCUCCAUAUUCUACACCGACCGCUUCGGCCUCUUCCCCUACGUGGACGAGGACACCGGCGAGAUGCACGACGAGGGCCUGCCGCAGCUGGUGGACCUGCAGGAGCACCGCGACCUCGCCGAGGACGACAUUGAGUUCUACAUCACGGGCAACCGGCCGGGCCUCGCCGUGCUGGACUUCGAGGAGUGGAGGCCGCAGUGGGUUCGAAACUGGGGCAGCAAAGACAUCUACAGACAGAUUUCCAUUGACACGGUCCAGGCAAAGUACCCGCUUAUGAUGGAGGAUGAAGUGGAGGACCGGGCGAAGGCCGCCUUUGACCGUGGUGCCAGGAGGUACUUUGUCCGCUCCAUCCGCAUCGGUAAGGCGCUGAGGCCCAACCGCCUCUGGGGCUACUACCUUUUCCCCGACUGCUACAACUACGACUACAACCAGGACAUGGAGGGCUUCACCGGAGAGUGUCCGGCCACCGAGAAGGGCCGGAACGACAAUCUGCUGUGGCUCUGGAAGGAGUCCACGGCGCUCUUUCCUUCCAUCUACCUGGAGCUCACGCUCCGGGACUCUCAGCAGGCCCGGCACUACGUCCGGCAUCGCAUCCAGGAGGCCAUGAGGGUGUCGAUGCUCCCCAACAGCUCCUACGCCGUCCCCAUCUACCCCUACAUCCGGCCCGUCUACAAGGACAGCACCGACGACUACAUGUCAGAGUUUGAUCUCGUGAACACCAUCGGAGAAGCUGCUGCUCUCGGCGCCGCUGGCAUCAUUUCCUGGGGAGACAUGGACGUCACCGACACCGAGGCCUCCUGCUGGGACGCCCAAAGCCACCUGCUGGAGGUCAUGAACCCGUACAUCCUGAACCUGACCACGGCGGCGCGGCUCUGCAGCGAGGCGCUCUGCCAGGGCCGGGGUCGCUGCGUGAGGAAGCACUGGGACGACGACGUCUACCUCCACCUCGACCCGCGGCGCUACCGCAUCGACCGGCGGCGCCCCGGAGACCCGCUGACCGUGAGCGGCAGCCUCUCGCAGCGCGACGUCGACUACUUCGACCGCAGAUUCGACUGCAUUUGCUACGACGAGAAGACGUGCCGCUCGGUCCUGAUGCUCAAAGCCGUCUCCGAGGCCGUCGUCGACACUGCCGAUGGAGCCGCUCACAGGCCCCGCCCCCUCCUGCUGGCGACAAUUCUGCUGUAUGUCGUGAUGAGGAUAUAAGUUCACGACACAAAUCUGAUCCUUGGGAUUCAGGAUGUGUGGUUUUAAACACCUGAAGGACAAAUCCGCAGUUUUAACAGCCCACUUUAUUUUACUGCUGACCUUUUUCAACCCGUUUGUCGUCGGCUUUCCAUUAAAGAUAGAUUUAGUUCAAUUCACAGAACUUUAGAACAAUAGCGGGCGCACUGAAGUGUGGAGCUGAAUGUGUGUGUAGCUCUAGAGACCAAGGCAACGCAAAAGACAGAACUUUGUAUUAAAGCGACCGCAACUUAGAAAAAAUAUUUCCUCUCUCUUUUGGCUCAGUUCAUUCUGCAUCGGCCUCAAAUCAAAACUUAUAUGAACAUUUUCAAUACAUUUUUGUACAGAACGAAGACUGGAUGUUUGUCCCUCAUCCCUUACGUCCCGAGUUUAGAAUAAAAGGGAUCCUUCGUGUGAACGGGAUCCAUAACUAGAAUCUAUCGGCGCCUGACAAUUGUUUUAAGAUAGUUUUCUAUGCAGCCAAAUUCACAAUUUAGAAAUAUUUGUGUAUGUUAUCCCUGUACUUAUGAGCUAGGAUGUAUAAAGACAAUUGUCUUCAGGAUAUUAAAACCAUCUGUCAAUCACA